UUACAGUGUUAGUGCUAGAUGAUAUGCUAGUAGUCAGUGCAUAUUUUUUUGUGUGUCUGAUUGUUUGCUUACCACAUUAUGAUUAGGUAGAUUGUAUUUCGUAUAGUAAUUGUGUAGUUUCUUGUGUGUUAUAGCUUGUGUCCCUCAUUUCCAUGGAGAAGGCAAUUUGGGAUGCACACUACGUUCGCUUUUUUUGCGACAUUUGUAUGGAGGAAGUCAAUGCAAACAAUAGGGAUGGAGGUUGUUUGAGUAGGAAGGGGUACAAGAAUCUUGAGGAUAAAUUUGCCGAGAAAACGGGAAAAAGGUUAACAAAGAAGCAAUUUAAGAACAAAUGGGAUUCGUUAAAAAAGGAAUACACCGGUUGGAUGGAGUUGCUAAAUGCAACCGGGCUAGGUUGGGAUUCGGAAACAAAAACUAUGGAUGCAGAUAAUGAUUGGUGGCAGACUCACCUACAAUAUCGUCCUGAGCAUAUCAAGUUCAGAUAUGGACCACCCGCCAACUUGACACAACUUGAUGUCAUGUUUAAUAAGGCUCAUGUCACCGGAGAAUCUUCGGCCAUCCCGGGGGAAGAGGAAAUGGGAGCGGACAAGGAAGCUGCAAUUCCAGUGGAUGAUGACGAUGAUGCGUCCAAAAAAACACCAAACUUCGUGAAGCGCCUCAAGUUUAGUGGUGGAGAGAAGGAGAAAGAGAGCCCCUUUUACAGGGACUACAAAACAGCCUUGACUAGCCUUGUUUCAUUUGGAAGGGGGGAUGCUGGAGGUUCAAGCGGCAUGGGUGACUCUGUCCCAAAAAUUAUCAUUGCUUGUUGUGUGCUUCACAAUUUCAUUAGAGACUCCAACUUGCGUGAUAAACAGUUUGAUCGAUGUGAUGCUGAUGAGGAUUACAUGCCCAAGGCCCAGAGGCAAACAAUUACCUUGCCUAGUGAUCAUGUGUCGGCUGAACUACACACAAGAGGCAUGAACGGAACACGUGACGACAUUGCCAACACGUUGUUCAUUUCUAGACAACGGAGGAAUUAGCUAGUAUAAUGCAGUGGAAAUGUAUUUUGGACAAAUAUAUUCCUAAUGGUUAUGUAAUGACAAUUGUAUGGCGACUUGAAUUUUAGAUGCAUAUUCUAUUUAUUACACGUGAAGCAGCGACAGUACACCUUU